ACGUUUGUGCUUUUUCUUGCAUCCUGUUUUCGCACGGGUACGGGCAACUCAAGCCGAGAACGGCAGCUUUAUUUCAUGGAUCCCGGUGCGGUACCUGCGGACUGCGCACAAGCGUGCUAGCUGCCUGCACUGAGCUGCAGCGCUCUUGCGUCUUAGCGUUAUGGAGUGAGUUUCGCGACUUGUUCAUGUCUUGCUGCAUUCAUCUUCAGCUGCUUCUGUCUCUUUCUAGGUGUAAACGGCCUCGGCUUUUCUUAAUCUCUUCCUGGAAAUCUUUGCCACGAAGCGAGACCGGCUCGCUCUUUCGGGGUCCUGGGCAGCGGACUAGGUCCACGAUUUCAGCCUUCGCGUUUUGGUUGAAUUCUGGGCUUUCUCUGCAGCAGCUCUUUGCUUUUGCUUCGGAUGCGGUUCCCGGUUUUCCGGGUGCGAUAGUUUUUUUGACUUUCUCCUAAAACACAAUUCUUCCGAGGUUCUCGCGCGACGUGCGCGUGCAAGGACUCAAAAGACGUCACCGCAAAUUCACAUGAAGAAGACCUCUCAGAUUCUUUGUGCUUUAGCAAGAAAGACUCCGCGAGGCUCUUCGCGCUUCGGUUUGUGUUUUUUUCCAGAAACCUGGCGCAGGUUUCGCAAAAUUAUAUGUCCAAAGGCGACCGUAAAACGCAUUUCUUGCGUGUUGGUCUGCGUCUCGCUCACGUUGUCCCUCCCGCUUUUCUGAUUUUUACAACUCGAGCUUCCCUUCUCUCCUCUGGGCUUCCUUCUUCGUUCGGCUCGCUGGAGACAUUCUCUCAAAAGAUUUGUAUUUUCUUUGUCCGAGCAAAACGGCUGUUCGCCGUCAGCGAGCUACUUUGGAUUCCCCGUCUUCGAUAGGCUGCUGUGCCCUGGUCUUGAAGACCGAAGUUCUAGAGACAUUCCUACAAUUUUUUUUUCGUCUCUGACUUCUGUCAGAAGAGUGUUUUUUGUCUUCUCUCUUGGUCCUUUUGUUUUACUCGGCCGUCUAAAAUGGGAGCUGUCAGCUCGUGCUGUGCCGUGGAGGAGAGCGAGGAGCGCCAGGUGAUGCAGCAGGAAAACGCUGGCAAGACCAAGGGAGAAAAGUCCCGGUACGAGAGAAAAAAGGGAGACAAGUCCGGAAAAAGAUCGCCUUCGCAUCGGGCUUCCCAUGCAGCUUCAGCUCCACAAGUGACUGCUGCGGAUAUCGAAGACCUGCACCGACGUCUGCUGGCGGGCAUGGCAGUGUUGGUUCUUCUGCAAGAUGGUACACGCUUGCAGUGCAUUCUUCACUACAACGAGGCGGAUAGCUCGCUGUCUAUUUCCUGCGAAGACAAGGUCCGCGUUAUUCCGCUCUCGGACAUCAAGGCCCUCUUGCACACACGCGACCAGCUGCAGCGAGUUGAGACGAAGGCGAACUUGGUGGACGACGAGAGCUGCGUCGCGCUCCACUUGUUGGAAUCUGGAAACUGCAUUCCUCUUCGUUUCGAUGGGGUCAAGGACAAGACCUGCUUCGUCGACCUUUUGAAGAAGCUGAAGGCAUAGACGUUCUUGUCUCGCUUCGUCUGUAUCUGUGCCGACCCGGCGGAUGUGCGUUUGCUCUUCUUGCGGCGACUCUUUUUCGUAGACGCGUCUCUCCGACUUGGCUUCGUUCUGUCUCUUGAAAAAACCAUGAAUUGCUUUUGUGCGUG